AUGAUACCCCCUAUUGACGAUCUGGUUCUGCAGCAAAAUCCCGAAUUUGCAGCUCUUUACACCACCCUCACAACAGUCAUCCUCAAUCCCGAUGCCUCCACACGAAAAGACCCCAAGGCCAAAAAGCGAGCUGCGGAACUCGACACCCACCGGCUCAAAACAGCCAAACAUCACCUCCUCAUCAACGCCAUCUCCACCGCCCACCCAACAACAGAACAACCACCCCCUCCAGCUCAAGAAAAACCAUCCCUCCUCCGCCACCGCUCAACCCGCUCCCGCUCCGAAUCCCAACCCCUGAAACCAUCCGAUCCCCUCCCGCCACCCCUCCCCCUGGCCCAACCAAAACCCCCUCCCCUCCCUCAGUCCCUCCUCGACCUCCUCCUCCUCCUACCCCCCCUUUUGUCCCCCAGCUCCCCCAUCCCUCCCUCCCAGCUCCCCCUCUUGCUAUCCUCCCCCCCAUUCUCCCUCCUCCCCUCCCACGUCCCCCUCCUCUCCUCGUUCUUGUCUCAAACCCUCCACACCAGCGCCUUAACCCUCGCCCGCCUCUCCCAACCAAACACCAACCCCUCCUUCCUCCACCGCUCCAUCCCUUCCCUCCCAGCCUUCACCCUCACCCAGCUCGAAACCCUCCACCACAAGAAAUACUCCCUCCUCCGCUCCCGCCUCUCCCUCGCCGUCUCGGUCAGCAACCUCCUCAAUCAGCAAAUCCUCAUCCUCUCCAAGCUGAUCAGGUCCCUCGAGGCCAAACACGGUCCCGUAUCUCGAUGGCUAGAAUACUCGGCCUCCGAAAGGGCCCUCGUCGCGCAGAAGCAAGAGCUCGAGAUCAAAUCUGUCAGUCGGGCGCUCAAAAAAGAGGUUUACAGUCCAGAGGUCGCCACGGCGUUGGGGAAUUACUCUCGACAUCUGAGGGAUGCCAAGUCGCGGUUAGAAGAGAGAAUCAAGGGGCUGGAGGGGGAGCUGGGGGAGUAUCACCACCAAGACGCAAGCACGGAAAGGGAAAAGACGAGGAAAAUGAGGGAAAUGGCGAGGGUGUAUGCUGACAUGGGGAGGCAGUUGGACGAGGUCAGAAAGGAUUUGGAGAGGUUGGAUACUGCUUGA